CCCUCCUCUUCCCCUCCACUGCUUCUUCUCCCAAGUCCUCGUCGGCGGCCACAACACGUACACCACACAGCGGCGCGAGACCGGAAUAGGAGGUUUCAAUGGAGGUGGUGGGCGGCGUGUCGUCGCUGAGCGCGUCUUCGCCGGCGCCGGCGCGGGCGCGGCUGCGGCAGCUGUCGCCCGGCGAGGCGAGCGGCGGGGGGAGCUUCCUGCUGAUGAGGACGGCGCCGAGGAGCAGGCUGCAGGCGGCGGCGAGGCCGGCGAGGCGGGCGGCGCUGGUGGUGGAGGCGAGGGGGAGGGGGUGGUCGGACCGGCGGUCCCAGCAGCAGCGCAUGCCGCAGCUGCCCAAGAUCGAGGACGACGGCAACCCGCGCUUCGUCAUCUUCAUCCGCACCGCCAAUGUGUACUUCUGGUACCCGCUCAACAUCGUCACCGGCGGCACGACGGCGAAGAUCAUGCUCGCGGCGAAGGACAACUUCCUCGGAAAGUACAUCUACAAGGACACGCUCGCCAGGAACCUUGCCGCUGUCAUCUACAAAGAUGAGGAUGACAUAAUAGACACAGCAAAAGAGCAGUACAGGGUGCUGAAGACCGACAAUGAGUUUCGAUAUGGCUACAAAGUUGUGGAGAAUGGGAACCUGAGGUCUGCGCUGACGACAAGUAAUGUGAUCGAACUCCCAAAGAAAGAAGAGCUCAAAACUGUGGUUGACAAGGUGAAGGACUUCUUCGGCGACGUAACCUCUGGCGCCAAAGAGUCGUUUGCGCAGAUUACAGGAUCUGUCAGCGCAGAGGCAGAAGCGCCAGUGGAGGAAGAGAAGCCCUGGGUGAAGAGGCGAAACGAGAGGAAGCGGAAACAGAAGGAGAAGCAGAACCAGAAGCAGGGGAUCAAAACGGAGAGCUGAUUGUAAAGCGCAGCAUACCAGAGAUCGUCAAGUGAACAGCCGGCUGUAAUUUUCCAGUGUGCUCAUUUCCCUGUCCCAGAUUAGCUCUGUGUAGUUCCUCAAUACUUCGAGUUUUUUUGCAACAAACAAUGUGUAGCUUGCCUGUGACUCUGAGUAACUUGCUUUGUUCUUCCUUACUAAAUCUGCAGCUAGAGUCUCCUGGGAUAUUAGAAAUCGGUAUUUUAUGGACUUAUGGAACGGCGAAAAUUACUGUUGUAUAUUGACCUCGUUUCUGAUGAGUUACAGUGGCUGUACAGUGUGUGCGCGCGAUUGCGUAUGA